AUGAUAGCUGGACAAGUCAGUAAGCCCUUGCUGUCACUGCAGAGUGAAAUGAAUGCAGAGUUGAGAGGUGAGGACAAGGCAGCUACUUCAGACAACGAGCUGAAUGAGCCCCUGCUUGCGCCUGUGGAAUCAAAUGACAGCGAGGACACUCCCAGCAAGCUCUUCGAGGCCAGAGGAAACACAGUGCUGCCUGAUACCAGCCCAGCAGACCAGCACCAACCUAGUCAGUCUCAUCCUGCAUUCCCUGUUGGGCCUCAGCCAUUAUUGACAGCCCAACAGUUGGCCUCAGCAGUAGCAGGGGUUAUGCCAGGAGGCACUCCAGCCCUGAAUCAGCCAAUCCUUAUUCCUUUCAACAUGGCUGGGCAGCUGGGGGGCCAACAAGGACUCGUCCUAACUCUACCUACAGCGAAUCUCACCAACAUCCAAGGGCUGGUAGCAGCAGCUGCAGCAGGAGGCAUCAUGACUUUGCCAUUGCAAAAUCUACAAGCUACCUCAUCCCUGAACUCCCAGCUUCAACAGCUUCAGCAUCUUCAGCAGCUCCAACAUCAACAGCAGCAGCAGCAGCAGGGUCAGCAGCAGCAACAGCAGCAGCAAAGCCAGCAGCAACAGCAAGGUCAGCAGGCACAGACUCCACAGCCACCCCAGCAGACCCAACAGCCACAGACACAACCAUCAGCACCACCACAGCAGAACCAAACACAGUCCCAGAGCCAGAGCCAACCUCCACUGGCCCCACAGUCCUCCAGCUCUCCUCAGAAACCCAGCCAGUCACCAGGACAUGGCCUUCCAUCUCCUCUUACUUCACCAAAUCCAUUGCAGCUGGUUAAUAAUCCACUGGCAAGUCAAGCAGCAGCGGCUGCAGCAGCAGCAGCCAUGGGCUCAAUAGCAAGCUCCCAGGCCUUUGGCAAUGCCCUCUCCAGUCUUCAGGGGGUCACAGGUCAACUCGUCACUAAUGCACAAGGACAGAUUAUUGGAACAAUCCCACUGAUGCCUAACCCAGUCCCCUCCAGCCAGGCGGCAGGUGGAGCUCAGGGACUUCAGGUGCAGCCAAUAACUCCACAGUUAUUGACCAAUGCCCAGGGUCAGAUCAUCGCUACGGUCAUCGGCAACCAGAUACUCCCAGUGAUCAAUACCCAGGGAAUCACGCUAUCGCCACUCAAACCAGGCCAGCAGCUCCAUCAGCCCUCCCAGACGCAAGUGGGACAAGCAGCCUCACAACCCAACCUCCUGCAUUUGGCUCACAGUCAAGCAUCUAUGUCUCAAAGCCCAGUGCGUCAGGCUUCCUCUUCUUCCUCCUCAUCCUCCUCCUCUUCAGCUUUGAGUGUUGGCCAGUUAGUCAGCAAUCCUCAGACAGCCACUGGAGAGGUGGAUGGGGUGAAUCUGGAAGAAAUCCGAGAAUUUGCCAAAGCUUUUAAAAUCCGGCGCCUGUCCCUUGGCCUGACACAGACUCAAGUUGGCCAGGCCCUAAGCGCCACCGAAGGCCCAGCCUAUAGCCAGUCUGCCAUCUGCAGACACACCAUCCUGAGAAGCCACUUUUUCCUACCACAGGAAGCCCAAGAGAACACUAUAGCUAGCAGUCUGACAGCCAAACUGAACCCUGGCCUUUUGUAUCCUGCCAGGUUUGAAAAGCUGGACAUCACCCCUAAAAGUGCCCAGAAGAUCAAGCCGGUGCUUGAGCGGUGGAUGGCUGAGGCUGAGGCCCGCCAUCGGGCAGGUAUGCAGAACCUGACCGAGUUUAUCGGAAGCGAACCGUCCAAAAAGCGCAAGAGGCGCACCUCAUUCACGCCACAAGCCCUUGAGAUCUUGAAUGCCCACUUUGAGAAGAACACGCACCCCUCUGGGCAAGAAAUGACAGAGAUUGCAGAGAAACUGAACUAUGACCGGGAAGUAGUUAGAGUUUGGUUCUGCAAUAAGAGGCAAGCACUGAAGAACACAAUUAAACGCUUGAAACAGCAUGAGCCUGCGACUGCAGUUCCUAUGGAGCCUUUAACAGACUCUCUGGAAGAAAACUCCUAAAAACAAAACCACACACACAAAAC